GAGUAAAAACUAUCGUUUCUCUGUCUGUUAGGUUGCCCUUAAAGCGUGUUUUGUGAAAAUAGCAACACCGUAUUCAUAUUAUGUAUUUAUGUUAAAAAUUUAAAAAGUUAAUAUCAAUAAGAUAUUGAGUUCGUGUAAACAUAUAUUGAUCCGUAUUCUACGUGACCGACCGGCGACCACAUUUCCAGUGUGUAAGCCAUUCCGCUCUGUUGCAAUUGAUCUUCUUGGUGUAAAAAAACAAUAUAUUACGGUAUUUACGAUCGUUUUUUUUACAAUUCUACGGUGUUUUGAAUUUCGUCAGAAUUUCUAAAGAUAAAAGUAUUGUAUGAAUAUUAAUUGCAUGCUUAGUCUUUGUUAGGUAAAUCUGGUCGAUUUAUUAAAAGUAUUAUGGAAUCUAAAAACGCCGAGUCUAUAGACAAAUCAGAUCAAGAUGUUGCGCUUAUUGAAAAUGGUAUACCUAAAAAAGUUGAUAAGAAUAAUGUACAAGGUAAAAGACGUAGAAAAUGUUUACGCGUCAACAUAUCUGCUAUACCUCCAGAUUCUGCAUACAUACGAUUUUUAAAUGACAGACGCAAACGAUUUCGUUCGAAUAAUCCUAAUUUAUCAUUUGCUGAAAUAACUAAAAUUAAUACUGAAUGGAAUCGGUUGCCAGCAGAUAAAAAACAAAAAUUUCACUCAGCAGCUGAAUGUUCUAAAUGUGUUAAAAAAUUAGUAGCAGCUUAUAAAAAGACAAAAGCAUAUAAAAAUUGUAUUCAACGUGAAAUGAAAAAGAAAAAAAUUAAUACCCAAAUCCAAGAAGACAAAGAGGAUGAAGAAUUUAAAAAAGAGAAAUCACCUGGAGAUAUCAAAUUAAAAAAGGAACAAGAAUUAAUAAAAAUAGAACCAUCUUAUAAUAACAUUAACACAGUUUAUGACAUACCAACAUUUUCUGAUGAAUUCUCAAUCUUCAAUAAUGCUAGAGAAAGUGAACUAAGAUACCUCCAAAAUAUAUUAAUGGACGAAUUACUGUGUCACGUAAGGUUAUUGAAAAUGCAUUAUGAUCUUGACUGUGUAUUGAAAAAUUUGUAUGAACAAUCUUAAGGUCAUCGAAGAACAACAAAUCACAUUUAAAUUAUUUUAGUUAGCCUUUUUACUUUUGUAAAAUUAAAAAUAAAUAGGAGUCUUCAAAGGAUCGUGUAUCUAAAGUUCUAACCACUCAUAGUAUAAUACUUCCACAGUUUUAAGUAACUAGAUGUUGACCAAUUUUCAUUUUCUU